AAAUGAAGGACCGGCUAGGAGAACUUCUGGAGUAUUCUAAACACUAUGACCGGCAGUUCCCGGAUGGAGACGAUGACAUUGACUCGCCCCAUGAGGACAUCGUGUUUGAGACGGACCACCUGCUGGAGUCCUUGUACCGGGACAUCCAGGAGUUGCAGACUGAAAACCACCACCUGAUGGCCGACGUGAAGCGGCUGGGGAAGCAGAACACCCGCUUCCUCACGUCCAUGCGGCGCCUCAGCAGCAUCAAGCGCGACACCAACUCCAUCGCCAAGGACAUCAAGGCGCGGGGCGAGGCCAUCCACCGCAAGCUGCGCUCCAUGAAAGCGCUGAGCGAGGCGGCAGAGGCCCAGCACGGCGCCAACUCGGCUGUGGCGCGCAUCGCGCGGGCGCAGUACAGCGCGCUCACCCGCGCCUUCCAGAGCGCCAUGCACGAGUACAACCAGGCCGAGAUGAAGCAGCGCGCCAACUGCAAGAUCCGCAUCCAGCGCCAGCUCGAGAUCAUGGGCAAGGACGUGUCGGGCGACCAGAUUGAGGACAUGUUCGAGCAGGGCAAGUGGGACGUGUUCUCCGAGAACCUGCUGGCCGACGUGAAGGGCGCGCGCGCGGCGCUCAACGAGAUCGAGAGCCGCCACCGCGAGCUGCUGCGCCUGGAGAGCCGCAUCCGCGACGUGCACGAGCUCUUCCUGCAGAUGGCCACGCUGGUGGAGGAGCAGGCCGACACGCUCAACGUCAUCGAGCUCAACGUGCUCCAGACCCUCGACUACACAGGCGAGGCCAAGGCGCAUGUGCGCAAGGCGGUGCAGUACAAGAAGAAGAACCCCUGCCGGGCCAUCUGCUGCUUCUGCUGCCCGUGCCUCGACUAGCGCGGGCCGGGGCCACCCCAGCCCUAAAACCCGCGGCAAGCACGAGUG